AUGUUUGCUAGCGAUACAUUAAAAGUGUCGCGGGUGACGGCAGGUAUCCGGUAUCUGAUACUCGUUACGGCCUGGGCGCGGUUCACGACACUUGGUGUAGCUCAGACAUUACCGUAUAUCCCCACGAGUAUCUUCAUUCCAGAGUCGAAACCCGCGCCGGCCCAAGACAAUGCGACUAUCAAUGUGGCAUACAUAUUCUCACCACAAGGAGAUUGGGUCAACUUGUUAGCGCUCAACUUUUCCGGAAACCUCCGAGCUUCAUCGUUGCCCUUCCAAACCUUGUCGUCAAAUGUGCCCUUUCUUGAUACGAAUAACACGGCGUUUAUACCGUCGCUUGCGGACAAUGGAUCACUCAUCGUCUACGCCGGAGAUUGUUCAUCGCCAGCAAGUUCCGAAAUCUGGACCUUCAACCCGUCUCCCAACGACGAUGCGUCGUCGUCUUGGAUCAAAGCGAGCACUACGCUAGCGACUAAGGCAGAUGAUGUACAAGUAGGACCAAGCUUCUUGGGCACUGGCUUUAGCUUUUCAAACACUCUGGCCCCUGUGCUAUCACAGGCCAGCACUUAUGUUUAUGGAGGAAUGUGUCCCGACGAGACUGCCGAUGGAAGUACACCACAAGAAAAGGCCGCCUAUUCAAACCAGAUGGUUAAGAUUGAGCCAUCUGCAACUAGUUCGGGGAAAUUUGUGGUCGGCCCAGUCUCUAAUAAUGGCCCUCCAGUGCCCGAGGCUGGAUUCACAUUCACCGGCUUAUCCCCCUCUGUCUCAAAUCGAUCAGGCAUAGUUACCCAGCAAAUCAACUAUGUACUAUUAGGUGGUCAUACCGAGAACGCGUUUAUCAAUAUGAGCACUGUCGCAAUAUGGAGUUUACCGGAGGAAAGUUGGAGUUUCAUUUCUAACAUUAACAUAGGGAGUUCGAGUUCUGCCAACACCGAACUUGCGGUCAAAAGCAACGAUAUAGACACGAUAGACAGUCGAUCUGGCCACACAGCAGUACUAAGUGAAGACGGGACUUCUUUAAUUAUUCUUGGCGGUUGGGUUGGUGACUUAACUCAGGCUGCUACACCACAACUGGCUAUUCUCAACAUCGGAGCUAGCUACGGCGGGAACGGGGAGUGGCAGUGGUCUAUUCCUGAUAUUCAACCACCAGGGUCAGGAUUAUAUGGACAUGGUGCUGCACUGCUGCCUGGAAACAUUAUGAUGGUCUACGGAGGCUAUAACAUAUCAUCAUCUGAAACCACAACUAAGAGACAAGCUUCUAGUAGUGACAGCAUGCCGAUGUUCCUCAACCUCACAUCAAUGAGCUGGUCUAGCGACUAUACAAACCCAGAAUUCUCUAAGACGGACCUGAGCGGCGACUCGAGUAGUGGUGAUAGCGAUGUUGGUACACGCUUAGGAAUUGGACUGGGCAUCGGCCUGGGUUGCGUAGCUAUUAUCAUUGCCAUCCUAUUAUUCCUCUUAUACCGUCGCCGGAAACGCCACAGGCGUACGAUCCGAGACUCCGCCAUCCGCGCGCUCGCCCAGGACACCUCUCGAUUCCUACCCCACGACGACGAAAUGAUGGAGCAAGAUCACCCUGGCGGAAUGUGGUAUGCAGGUGGCUCGGAUCCGUAUCUGCGGGGGAACCGCUUGCGAGGUUACCAGAGCUUGCAGACAGCCCGUACCAGCUUGGACAACGGUCAACAAUCGUGGUACAGCGGCAUGUCCCCAGCGCAGGUAGCAAGGAAGCCGCUGUCCCGCCGAAACACGUAUGAUCCGCCAUCAAGUGGGAUCCACCCCAUUAUUGAGGCAGAUGAAGACGGCUCACUUCACGAUGGUGACAUUACAAGUGAGCCCGUUAGCCCUCUGCGGGACAUGAAUACCGACGGCAGACAUGACUCCGACCCGUUCCUCACACCGACGCAAGAAAACCAGAUUUCGUUCCCGCCCUCCAACCGUGCCUCGAUAACACCCAGCCCCGAAGAGCGCCGCCUCACCACGGACCCGGAAGUCCAGGACUGGAUGACUGAUGUCGAGGCCAUGGACGCAUUACUAAACAGUCGCAGCACGGCGCGCAUAUCAGCAGCUUCCGGACAAAUCUCCCCAACGAGACGGGGUCCCGAUGACUCGCGAACCGAAAUCCUCCGUACCGGAUUCGGCAUUGCAGCCGCCGCCUUAGGGGCUACAAACGAGGAAGGACGUGGAGGGAGCAGUUCGAGCUCGGCGCCUAGUUAUAACACCGCCAAGAGUAGUUUCGCAGCGUUGCAGGCCGAGGGACCGGCAUUACUUAUGGGGAAAUCCCGAGACGAUGACGAGACGCCGGGAAGCCCGAGUAAGAAUAAGCCGCGGCGCAACUGGCUCGGCAGUCUGCGCCGCGUGUUCAACGGCCCCAGUCCAUCCGAGACAUCCGAUAGAGAGAGGCCUAUCGACGAUAGCUUCGCGGAUGCAAACGAUUAUGAUAUGCGGCGAAGUGGUCUGAGCGAAAUGGCGGCUGGAGGGUUGCUGCGCAGGAAGAGCGGGAGAGGGGAUUGGGAGGGCAUGGAACAGAGGUAUAGCGAGAAAGGUAAAGGCAGGGAUACAACAAGUGAGAGUAACCAGAAGCGCACAGCAGCGGAAGAAGACGAGGAGGAGUGGGAUAUCGAAAAGGCCGUCGAGAGACGGCUCGUGCAAGUCAUGUUCACGGUGCCUAGAGAGCCCUUGCGCGUGGUCAACGCCGAGCCCGACGCGGAGAGCGGCAAAGAUGUCAUGGUUGUGAGCCCCGAGGUAAAUCGGGAGCAGGAUAUAACAGAGAGUCGCGAUGCGCCUGUUACGAUAGAAGAGCAGGAUAUUGGUACUCCGCCGCUCCCAAGCUCGAGCGAGGACGAUACAAGUCUAGCUGAAGCUAAGGAAGCCGAAGCUAGGGAAGCCGAGAAGCAGAUCCUGCGUGAAGUGGGCGAAGAGCUGGAGACCGAGUGGAAGCGCGUCACGAAUAGGGGCAGACAACCAAACACCCCGACGCACCGUACGCCCACGUCGUUACGAGAGGAGGGCGUGCGUCUACUGGGCGUGGAGCCGGGCAGCGAGUCCCGGAAGAGGAAGCCAUCGCGGUCGCCGGUGGAGGACCCAGACGGCGACGUAUUUUCCGCGCAGGUGGUGCGGCUGGAGCGGCCGCGGACAAGGGUCCUAGCUAUGGUGGAAAGCCUCGAGAGCCUACAUAAAAGCCAGGAGAACAGCCCUGCUGCGUCCCCUACGCGGUGA